UUUCCUAAGAUAAAACCCGCCUGCUGAACAAACCACCCCUUGACACCGGGCUUGCAGAUGGGAGCAGGACAGUCCUAGCAGCUUCUGAUCCCAGGUUCAUCCUCCCUCAACUUGACAGCCUCUUCACUUCUUUAAUUCUGAGAGUCGGUCCUGCAUCUUUCCCAGCAAGGAGCCGCGCCGUCCCACAGCUCCACAUGACUGUCCUGAGCCCAGAAUAGACGAGGCUGGAAUGGACCUGCUGGCCUCGGGAGGCCAGUGUGAGCUGGGAACUCAUGUGCUCGUCCCUCGGAGCCCCCGAGGGGGUGAAGAAGACAGCCGGUGCGGAGACACACUGCCCCUGGAGGCUCUCCCUCUCCCAACUUCGCAUCCCCUGGCCCUUUGUGGCUCUCAGGAAGGGCUGUCUCCAUGCCACUUGUUGACCGUGAGGGUCAUCCGGAUGAAAAAUGUCCGCCAGGCUGAUUUAUUGAGCCAAACAGACUGCUUUGUGAGUCUCUGGCUGCCCACUGCCUCCCAGGAGAAGUUGAGGACCAGGACCAUCUCCAACUGCCCAAACCCAGAGUGGAAUGAGACCUUCAGCUUCCAGAUCCAGAGCCAAGUGAAGAACGUCCUAGAGCUGAGUGUCUGCGAUGAAGACGCAAUAACACCCAACGACCAUCUCUUGAUAGUUCUCUAUGACCUCUCCAAGCUCUGCUUCCGGAAGAAAGUCCAUGUGAAGUUCCCACUCAACCCAGAGGGCUCGGAGGAGCUGGAGGUAGAGUUCCAGCUGGCAGAGAGUCCCUCUCCGGCGGAGACCCUCAUCACCAAUGGCGUGCUGGUGUCCCGCCAAGUCUCCUGCCUAGAGGUUCACACAGAAUCCAGGAAGCAGAGGAAGAGGAAGAAAAUGAAAGAUCUGUUAGUGACAGUGACUGAAUCCUUUGAGCACACCUGGCGUAACUCACCCCACAGGGAGCCCUGCUGCUUAGACUCUGCCUCCUUCCACUACCCCAAGUACUUCCAGCCGUGCUUGCAGGUGGCUGUGCCCAAGAGCCACUGGGACUGUUUGGUAUGGUGUAUGGCAGCCAUGAUGGCAUUGGGGGAGGGGACCAGGCAGGGGGACACUAUGGGGUGCUCUCCCCACUCCCCUCCCCUGCACCAAGCCCAUGCAUCCUUCCAGCUUAGCUGCUGCAGUGCACGCAAGAGCGAUUCUAUCUGUCAGCCCCUCGACUGCCUUUCUGAUGGCCAAGCCGUGACUCUGCCUGUGAAUGAGAAUUACAAACUACACAUGAAGUCCACACCCUGCUGUGACACACUGGAUGUGAGACUAGGCUUCACCCUGUGCCCUGAGGAGCUGGAAUUUCUGGAGAAGAGGAAGGUGGUGGUGGCUGAGGCGCUGAAGCAGGUGCUACAGCUAGAGGAGGACCUGGCUGAGGACGAGGUACCUCUGAUAACCAUCAUGGCCACUGGAGGUGGAGCAAGGUCCAUGACCUCACUGUACGGCCACCUGUUGGGAUUGCAGAAGCUGAACCUCCUGAACUGCAGCAGUUACAUCUCCGGCCUGUCUGGGGCCACCUGGACCAUGGCUACCUUGUACCAAGAUCCUGAGUGGUCCUCCAAAAACCUGGAGUCUGCUAUCUUCGAGGCCCGGAGACAUGCCAUCAAAGACAAGAUGCCCUCCCUUUUCCCAGACCAGCUCCUCAAGUUCAAGGAGGAACUCCGGCAGCGCACCCAGGAAGGCUACAAGGUCACCUUUACAGACUUCUGGGGCCUGUUGCUUGAGUCCUGUCUGGCAGAUGAGAGUAGUGAGUACAAACUGUCAGACCAGCGUGCUGCUGUGUGCCAGGGCCAGAACCCCCUGCCCAUCUACCUCACCAUCAAUGUCAAGGAUGACGUAAGCAACCAGGACUUCAGAGAGUGGUGCGAAUUCUCCCCCUAUGAGGUGGGGAUGCAGAAGUACGGGGCCUUCAUCCCCCCUGAGCUCUUCGGCUCUGAGUUCUUCAUGGGACGGCUGAUGAAAAGGAUCCCUGAGUCAAGGAUGUGCUACAUGCUAGGUCUGUGGAGCAGCAUCUUCUCUCUGAACCUGCUCGACGCCUGGAAUCUGUGCAACACCUCAGAGGAGUUUUUCCACCGAUGGACAAGGGAGAAAGUGCACGACCUCGAAGACGAGCCACUCUUGCCUGAAAUUCCCAAAUGUGAUGCUAAUAUCCUGGAAACCUCAGUAGUGACUCCGGCGUCCUGGCUGUCCAAUACUUUCCGAGAAGUCCUCACCUACCGGUCCUUCGUGUCUGAGUUCCACAACUUCAUGUACGGGCUGCAGCUGCACACUGGCUAUCUCCGCAACAGCCACUUCCAGAAGUGGAAAGACACGGUGCUGGACACCUUUCCAAACCAGCUGACAGAGUUUGCCAAACACUUGUGCAUGCUGGACACGGCAUUCUUUGUCAACUCCAGCUAUGCGCCCCUCCUCCGGCAAGAGAGAAAAGCCGACCUCGUCAUCCACCUCAAUUACUGUGCUGGGUCCCAGACAAAGCCCAUGAAACAGACUUGCGAGUACUGCACUGAGCAGGGGAUCCCCUUCCCCAGCUAUGACAUCCAGGAUGAUGACAAAAACCUCCAGGAGUGCUAUCUGAUGGGGCAGUCCCAGGAUCCUGAGGUCCCUGUUGUGGCUUUCUUCCCGCUCGUCAACGACACCUUCCAGAAGUACAAGGCGCCAGGUGUGGAGCGGAGCCCUGAGGAGAUGGAACUGGGCCAAGUUGACAUUUAUGGCCCCAAAUCUCCGUAUGCCACCAAGGAGCUGACAUACACGGAAGCUGCCUUUGACAAGCUGGUGAAGCUCUCUGAGUACAACAUCCUGAAUAAUAAAGACAAGCUCCUCCAGGCCCUGCGCCUGGCAGUGGAGAAGAAGAAACGCCUGAGGAGCCAGUGUCCUUCCUAGGCCCAGGGAGCCCCACCAAUCCUUGUGGCUGCUUCUGCCCUGAGCCGAGGCCCUCACAGGCCACACGACCAGCCCUGCUGUUCAGCCAGCAAUGCAGGCAAGUGGCCUGGGCUUUCCCCCAGAAAAACAAGAUCAUGGAAAGCGGAGAGAGACAAGGAGGACAAGGAGCCACGCUGGAGUUUUGUGCCGCUGGGAUUUCUUUCCCCGCUUCUCUACAGGGAAGUCCACGAUCUGAUGGCCACAGACUCCCAGUGCUAUCCUCGAGCACAGAGAGAAGUGUGGCCUGAGAGAGGGGCUGGUUCCCAAGAACUUCAGGCUCCAGAUCUUCUCCCUCUCCUUCCUCUCACAGGGGAUCCAGGGGAUGCUCGGGAUGACUGAGGAGCACUCCCAGUUUCCCUGCAAAAAAUGCUUUUUUUAAGGUAAUUUUAAGGUAUUGCCUCCUUAUAUUUAUCAUCAAAAUAUUUUAUGAUUUUGACUUUUAUGAAUCAGGUAUUAGUAGGAAGCUUGAUACUGAGAGACCUAAAUGGAGUUCCAGGGACAUCCUAGUGUCUGCACCAACAAAGCCAAACAGGUGACCUGUGGCACCGGCACUUCUCCAGCCACCCAGAACCGGAGGCUACUGAUGCCAGUGACCCCAACCAGGCAGCUGUGGCUAAGAACCCAGCUCCAAUGAAAUGCCAGGCAAAGCCAAGCCUACAGUGGGCUCCCCGAGUGGGGAGCUAGUCUGGGGAUCUGGCAGGCUACAAGGGACAGCUUCAGGUGAACAGAGCUGCCCGGUACUACCAACACAUGGCUCACCUGUCUCACCACCAUGGCUUCCAGAUGAGAUUAUUUAUCUGUAAGUAGCAUCCCUCUAGUUUAUCAUGGAAACCCCUCAGCCAGGACACUCCGGUUCUUAGAGAAUGAAAGGAGGAAGGAGCAACUCGGAAAGGCAAGGAAUCCCUUCCAGAAAGAACUCCUCCCUCCCCCCUCGGAGAUGGCUUCCCAAACCCUGGGAAAGCCCUGGGACACAGAGAAACCCAAUCAGUGUGACCAGGUCUCCCUGCAGGCCAGGGACUUCACUGAAGAAAGGUGUCGUCUGAGCCACUGAUGUGCCUGGGCUGGUGGACGAAGGACACAGAAGGAGAAAGAGAAGUGGUUCAAGCAGAGCCCAGUGAGCCCCCUGUGGCCAGCCAGCCCUUUGUUGUUGGGAGAUGAGUGGGGACAGGUACUCAGUACUUAGAGAAAAAUUGGGCUCUCGUUUAUAGCCUUGUUGCUCAGAGUGUGGUGGGGAACUGGUUAGAAAUUCAGGUUCUCAGGUGCCACCCCGCCACACUGAAUGGAAUUGCGAUGGAAAGAGACCCAGCCCCUCUCCCACCCCACCCUGCCGCUGUGUGGUGCUGUGUGUUCUCAAGUCGGAUGGGAAGCUGUGCUAUCGCACAGUGGUGAUGCCUGUAACCCCAGUGUUACCGUGCCACGGGCAGGUAUGAUCCAGGCUCUGGUGUAUGAUGACCAGUGGAUUGCAAAUGUACACCCAGUAAAAAGCAGCCACAUUUACUGAAGAUCACAGGAAGCUGUGCUCAGGGUGCGUCUAUGCCAAACAAAGAGAUGGCACGAACAGAAAAGAGGUGCCAGGCUGACGGGAAAGCAAAAGACUGCACACACAACACAGCACACAGCAACAGCCACUGAUAAGUCACUCUUUCGGAAUUUAAAGGGUGGGCAUCUCCGCACAGGUGCCUUCCCUGGGGCUCUGGGCGAGAUUGGCAGGAAUGAUCGACAGCGUACUGCGUUAUCUCGGAGGCUCUCCACACACGUGCUUGCCCCAAAAUUCACUCUGAUCUUAAUUACAUGCAUGAGAUGUAGUCCAUAUUUAUGAACCUGUAAUGAAUGAGGUGAGAGUAGGGUGAAGAUGGCAAAGAUCAGGCUAGGAGAUUCAACUGACGUGAUCUAGAGUGUCAGAGAUCUCCUGAGUUAUUGUUACAUGAUUUUCUACCUCUCUUAAGACAACGGAAGGAGGAAUGGCCAGGGUGCUGCUUAAAAUGAAGUGGAUGGGAAAAAAUUAAAUUAAAUUAAGUGGAUUGAAGAAAGUGACUUCCACAGCUCUAUUGUUUCCAGUUGUACUACUAGCACUUAGGAGGGCUGAGGCAGGAGGAUUGGGAGCUGGAGUGAAGCCUGGGCAAUUUAGGAACCUAGUGAGAUCCUAUCUUCAAAUUAAAAAGGGAUGCAUAUGUAGCUCUGUGAAAAAGCUGUAGGUUUCUUCCCUAAUAAUGCAAAAUGGAAGUAGCAUAGGAAGGAAGGAGAAGGGAAAGGAAGGGAAGGGAAGGAAAAGUUAGAAAGCAACGGACUUAUGCUACUGCCCCCUAAAAGCUUGGAAAGCAUAAACCCUUUGACUCCCCUGAGCCACUGGAAAACUGGGCUUCAGGACCAGCAACACUAGUUCCCACCCAGGCAUUGCUAACGGAGGGGCUACUGCUUCCCUCCCCCUGAGCAGCCGGCUGCCCCACGCUUCCCUCCCAGCUGCAGGCGUGGGGUCCUCCAACUUCAGAGCGAGCAGGCACAGGGCCUGUCUGUUUGGAGGGGAAGGCAGUACCGCUUGGGGUUCAUGACACACCUUAAGUGAAAUGUGUACCGUCAUUAUGCUGUGUGAGCACAGAAUAAAAUGCUGUGUGGUUAAAUGUCAUCUGCCUUUAUUACCUGA